AUGUAUCGUCUUGACCCUUAUACAAUUGAAAACUCUGCGCAGGAACACAACCAACUUCGUACUAGUAACCGUAUGGCAUUGUUGGGAGCUGUACGGCACUCAAUUCCAGAAUUCAAGCCAAUUCCGUAUAAUUCCAACCUCACAAACGACGACAUCCCAAAACUAUGUGAUAUGAUCAGAUCAUCAGAUCCUAAAGACGUGAUCAAGGGACUCAACUUCAUCAACAGAAUGAUUCAAAACAGAAGAGGGGCAAUUUCACUCAUAUGCCCAUGCGGACUAUUACCCCGUUUGGCGGAGCUUGCUAUGAGUACCGAUUGCAGUAUCCAAAAUUUUGCAGUGCAAAUUUCGGCGUUGCUGGCGUCCGAGAGCGAUCCCCAACACGACCACCAAUACAUAGAGUGUGGGUUAUGCGCGAGGUACGCUCAAAUUUUGUCGACACCGUUUGACAACAAAUACCUCAACAUUUUCGAAAAUGCGGCGAGAGGAAUUGCGAACGUCAUGUUUAAGUCUGUUCAAAACAGAGACGUGUGUCUCUCGUACGGAUUUUUUGAACCGUUUUUCCAUUUGUGCGAAAUAGUCUACAAAACAAAACCAGACCCGACGAUACCCGCAGCUCUUGGGAUGGUCAUGAAGGCAAUCACAUAUGGGAAACCAAAACCUGAUGACGCCUAUGCACUCAGUUUACUUCCGUUGGUCCAUGUCUUUUCCAAUGGGUUUGAAGGGGACAUCAUUAUAUUUAUGUUGGAGACAUUAAAGAAUAUAUCAGAAUUUCCACGCCUUGUAGAGAUAUUAAAGAACAACGAAAAUAUCCAAAACAUGCUUGUGACUAACAUGGGAAUGCACUUUGCGGACUUCCAAUCUAUUGUCCUCCAAGUUGUUCAAAAUUGCGUCAGUGUACUUCCACAAUUCUGGACAGCACUUGACAAACUCUUCGAAAAAGCACUUGAAGUGCUCCAAUACUCCGUCUCACCAAUAUUACCUCAACUGUUUACUUUUAUGGAAAACUUCUUGGAAUACCCCUCAUGUACACAGAUAGCCCUAAAGUAUUUGUCAGAAAAUGAACGUGGUAUAGCAUUCAUCGUUAGUGAAACGGCAAGUCAGUCAACCGACUGCACACGGGCUUCACUGAAACUCAUUCGCGCGAUCCUUUUGGCAACAAACGGGAAGGCACCUCAACUCAUUCAAAUGCUGAACAAAAAGGGACUGCUUCAACAUAUGUCGUCAUGUUUACAACGCAAUUUUAUACAAAAAGAUAGUCAGUGUGCCCAACUCAUUACGGAUACCAUUUUCUUGGAUUUUAAUUUUAACCAAGACGAUGCAACAUUGAUUGAGCAAUUUGAAGAAAGUAAGGGUGUUGAAGCUCUCGACACGGUUCUUAUCUACCAACCACAACUCUUACAAAUUUCAAAUCAGAUAAAGAAAUUUGUCUUUACAAAGCCAAUACUUAUGGAAAACCUUUAG